AUUUUUUCCGUUUCAGGAUUAUAUCAGUCAAGAGGGACUCAGUGAAACAGCUCGUAACUUACGUGAUAAGAUUACAAAGCUCAACGAACAGGUCAGCUCGUGGCAGGAGGAGCUCGUUGCUUUGCCUGAGUUUGAGGAGGUGCCCGAUCCUCUCUUGUUAUCUCGAAGUGAGGCACGAGAAAGAGCCGAUAUCCAGAGACAGCGUGAAACGCUCGAACGGAAGAUUGAAGAGAACAAGGAUAAAGUGGAGGAGUUGCUUGGAAAGCUCACGGUAGAAAAACUAGCAAAGGCUCAGUCUAAACGUCUAUUGCCUAUUGGUGAAGACCGUCAUUUCCGCCGUUACUACUGGUUCCAUGGAAAAUCAGCUGAUGAUGGCAUCUGGAUCCAAGAUAUGGGUCUGACUUCGUACGAGAAAUUCAUCCGCGCAUGCAUCAAAGCAGGUAAGCCUUUUGAAGAGGAGGAAGAUGAGGAUGGAGUGGAAGAAUCGAAGAACGAGGAAUGCCAAGCUCAAUCGACUUCGAACGGUAAUCAAAAUCCGGCCAGUACUCCAUGCUCCGCAGCUGGUACUGGUCCGGAUGUGAAGAAAUCUCAGAGCAGUUGGCCGAUCCUCGAACCGGAGAGCUAUACCGAAACGUGGCAUAGAGUAGCCGAUGUGACGUCGUUUGACAGUUUGUUGGGUUCAUUAAUGAAAGCAGGAAUUAGGGAGGGUAAAUUGUUAAUGUUCCUCAAAAAGAACAAGGAGGCGAUACUCACCAGUAUCACUGGAGGAAGUGCAAGACAAAGCAAGACUUUAAUUCGGCUCAAGUUUAGUUUCUUCACUGUUGUCAAACCUUCAAAAUAUACAAUUUAUCUAUACCACAAUCACCAAGACGAGUUGCGAAUGAUCAGAAAUGAGGAUCUGUCCGCAGAAUCGUUGACUCCGCUUCGGAAGACUAUCAUUCAGCUAGCUUCCGAUCUAAGAGACAGUUACUUCACCAGUAUCGCGAAAAUCGAAGACUUCGAAGCUGAAGUUCUUUGCUGUACAACGCUUGAUGAAGUGAAGAAAAAGCUGCGAGAACUCGCCGAUAGCAUUACACCGUCCGCUAUUGUUCGACGGUUGGAUUUCAAAAUUGCUCAGCAAACUGGACAGCACUCUUGCUUGAUAAUGGAUCGGUGGAAACAACGAUUGGCAGAAUGUCACAAUGUUUCUGGUGUACAUCUUCUUCGAAGUUACCUCGACGCCCGUAUUGACUGGAAGAAGAGUGUCGUUGAAAAGCGGUGCAACUCGUGCGGUAGCAGGCGAAGUCCUGAAGCCAAAAUUGCAUGCUCGAAUUGUGCUGUUGUCGUUCACUUCUACUGUACUCGACCUCGGCUUCAAGAGAAGCCCACAUUCUGGCUGUGCCCAAUAUGUGAAAGGGCUGAAAUGAAAAAGAAAAAGGAAGAAACUAGUGCGCAGCGUUCGGGCAGGAUAUCUUAUAAAGAAACUGAUGCUGGAAAUUCAAGCGGUGAUGAGUCGGGUGAAGAUGAAAGUGAUGAGUCAGAAAGUGACGAGGACGACUUUUUCGCGAAUAAGCGUGUCAUGGAAGAGUACUUUGAAGACGAUGUGGAGGAUAAGAGAUCACGAGCGAAGCGUUCGAAGGUCAAUCCCGUUGCUGAGGAAUGUGUCGAUUUACUGGGUCGUGUGAAAGCGUAUAAAUCGUUCUAUCGGACACUUGCAAACACAUUUCCGGCCCGCUCGUCUAGUAGAGCGAGCGCCUGCUCCAUCCAUCGAUGCUUGAAGGUCAUACCGGAGUACACAUCGCUGAGUACAUUCGCUGCAGAUUUGAAUACUUUUUUCAAACAUGCCCGUUCAUAUUUGGAGGACCAUAACGACGCUAAACUGAGAGAAUUGGAAACGCUACUUUUUGAGUUGGAUCUUAAUUCGUUGACUAAAUCUCGUUAA